AUGGCCUUGGUGCCUUGCUUUUUCCUUGCGGAACCCUCUCCUUAUGGAGUGCCAUUUACUUUUAUAAAAAUUAAGAUCUUAACUAACACUGAAAGAGGAAAAAACCGAAAAGCACGUGCGUGCUGUUCUGAUCCGGAAAGAACGGUUAUUGUUUCUCUAACCAAAGAUGUAGACGAAGAAACGCUUGAGCUCUGGCUUCGGCAAACCUUACCAUAUAUCUUUUCUCAUGUACGUAAAUUUGAAGGAGACAC